CCCCUUUGUUAUGACAACCAUACCAUUUGUGAAAAGACAAUUGCUGGAAAAAGUAGAUUGCCAGGAAAACUACGCCAGAUAGUUAAUAAUAUUCCAGGAAUUCGAGACAAUAGUUUUUAGACUUUUCCGGAAAAACCGCAAAAUGAAAACCCAAGGUAAAUACGGUGUGACUGCCUCGGCAGCUGCGCAAGUUCUCUGUGAGGAUGUGAGAAAUUUCAGCACACGUCGCCGCAAUAUUCUCUACCUAAUGCAUCGAUAUCUGGUGGAAAAUGGAUUCUAUUCGAGUGCCGAAUCCUUGAAAACCGAAGGACGUCUUUCCGAGGAGUACGAACUAUGCGACAACAUCGAUCUGGAUGCCAUGUACCUCGAGUAUGCCAGCUUUUUCAACAUGAAAUUCGGUAAAUAUCCGAAGAUUCUCAAGAAGGCGGGUGCAAAAAUAAAAGUGGAAAUGGCUGGAAAGGCGGCGGCGCCCGAGAAAAAGGAAUCCAAGGAAUCCAAAUCCAAAAACUCAGAGGCUUCAGUGGCCAAUUGGCAUUUGAGUGUGGGUGCAGCUUUGAAUAGUGAACCGCUGCAGAUCAAGAAGAUGGAAACCAGUUUCCCGGCCAAGGAAUCCAAUACUUGUGAGGUGGAACACGGUCACUUGGGUUCGGAUGACAAUCUAUUCAACUCCCUGGACUGGCAAUCUCUGGCCGAGUUGGUCAAGACCUCGAUACUGCAGGAGAACAUAAAGCUGCGCUGGUCGGAUGUCUGUGGCAAUCAGCGGGCCAUUGAGUUGAUCAAGGAGGCCGUGCUGACGCCCAUCGAGUUUCCCCAGCUAUUUGCCCAUGGCCUGAAGCCGUGGCGAUCUUUGCUCCUCCACGGACCGCCAGGAAGUGGCAAAACGCUGCUGGCCAAGGCCCUCUAUUCCGAGACGCAGGGUCAGGUGACCUUCUUCAACAUCACGGCCAGCAUAAUGGUGAGCAAGUGGCGGGGUGAAUCGGAGAAAAUCCUGAGAGUUCUGUUCCACAUGGCAGCCAAACGGGCUCCGUCCAUUAUUUUUUUCGAUGAAAUCGAGAGUUUGACCUCCAAACGGGACAGGGCCACCGAUCACGAGAGCUCCAAACGCUUCAAGAACGAACUUUUGCAACUGUUGGACGGAAUGGAGCACACACUGAACGGAGUCUUUGUUCUGGCCAGCACUAAUUUACCCUGGGACAUCGACGAGGCCUUCUUGCGGCGCUUCGAAAAGAAGCUACUGGUGCAACUGCCCAAUGGGGCGGAGCGAAGCUGUCUGAUCGGCCGACUUUUGGGCAGCAGUGUAUCCCUGAAUCCCAGACUACUUGAGCAACUGGUGAAGAUCUCGGAUCAGUUUACCGGGGAUGAAAUACGACUGGCCUGCAAGGAGAUCAGCAUGCACCGGGUGCGUUGUGCCACCAAGAUUGCGGAUCGAUCGGCGACUCACGAUCCACCUAAAGAGUCCCAGGCUGCCAUCGAGGCCAAUGUGGAGCGGGCCUUUCGGCAAGUUCGUCCCUUGGGCCAGAAGCUGUUGGCCAAACACGAGCAGUGGCAGCAGGAAAAUGGUUCUUAAAUUGGGGCUACCCUUCACUUGCUUCGUAGCGAAAUAUAUAUUUUGUAUAAGCCUCCAA